UAGACUUACCCUAUCCAUUCUAAGAAAUCUUGAAAUCCAUUCUCCCCUUUUUGUUCCUACGGACCCGUUGGCAGUUCAUACUUCAAACGGAGUAAUCAUUUAAUCAAUAACUCACACACAAAUGGAAAACAUCAAACUACACACUGUUUGGGAAGAGAAGGUUUGCGGUUUUCCAAUGAUUGCGUUUGCGUUAUCAAUCCGCAGGAGAUAGGCUAUAAAUUUGCGCUUCUCAGUUGAACUCUUGGAUCAAAUGAUUAAUGGUCGACCACUCAAUCAAUCAAUGGGUGACUACUCGACCCAGAAAAAUGAUGGCUGCAAAAUAGAUUGUGAACCUCAACUAUUGGCACGAGUUGGCUAUGGACUUUUCAAGGCUGGUUAAGAUCAAACAAGCCAAUCGGUGGAUCCAUGUGGAUAGCUGGAUCAUUAAUCUCUUACUACCACACAAUUAUGGAGAGAUUUUGGAGGACAUCCUUCAUUUGACAUAUCUGUCCAUUUUCAUUAUCAUUAUUCCCUACCAAGAUGUGACACUUUCUAUGGUGGCUUUCAUCCUCAUACUCGAGACCCAUUUGUGUAAUUUCACAGGUUCGAUGAUUGUGUAUUACCAACAUUAUUUCUUACAUAAUUCUUCAUUGGAAAUUGAGCUUCUACUGUCACUGAACAAAAUUUAGUUCAGGAUUUUCAUUGUGAAAAAAAGAUCAGGGUAGAAAACAUAGUAGUACCCAGGAAAGAAAAGGAAAUCAUUUCAGUUUGAUUGAGUGACUUUUUUCACCACAACUUUUUUUUUUUUCUUGGGGUGAAGUUGGUUCUACUUUGUCUUCUUUACUGCUGCUUUUAUGGCCUUAUAUUAUGGCACUGUUCUGAUGUGAUUAUGAUAAUAAAGGAUUUUGGUUUCGGUUUUCGAUCCUUUUCAUGAUGGGACUUGAUCAAGAAGAAGCUCCACUUACUACUGGUGACAUGUCCUCUAAGAAGAAAGAGCUGCUGUCUUCAGCUAUGAAGAGAACAAAUGAAUGUUGCAGGAUUAUCUCUCAGGAAAUUCCUAGUGAUGUCACCAUUCGUAUUGGUGAUGAUUCCUUUUCUUUGCACAAGUUCCCACUCCUGUCAAAAUGUGGAUACCUUAAGAAAUUGGUAUCAGAAUCUAAUGAUUCUGAUGUCUGCAACGUUGAAAUUCGGGACAUUCCGGGAGGAGCAGAAGCUUUUGAGCUUGCAGCAAAGUUCUGCUAUGGGAUUAAUUUUGAGAUAAGCACUGAAAACAUUGCCAUGCUUCGAUGUGCGGCUGAGUAUCUUGAAAUGACAGAAGAUUUUGCAGUAGAGAACCUUGUUGGAAGGACUGAGACAUACUUGAAUGAAGUAGCAUUAAAGAGCCUUUCUUCCUGUGUUUCGAUUCUGCUUACAUCAGAAAGCCUGCUACCUAUGGCAGAGCAAGUAAAGGUAGUGAGUCGUUGUGUUGACGCUAUAGCUUUUCUAGCCUGCAAGGAUAGCCAAUUCUCAGGGACCAACAGGAUGGAAGGCGGCAUUGAAGAAAUCAAUUCUUCAUUAGUUCCUCAGCAAAAACCUAUCGUGGAGUUUUGGUGGGCAGAAGAUUUAACUACACUUAGAAUUGAUAUGUUUCAAAGGGUUCUGAUAGCAAUGACAGCUAGAGGAUUUAAGCAAUAUGCUCUUGGUCCACUACUCAUGCUCUAUGCUCAAAAGUCUCUUAGAGGUUUGGAGGUGAUCGGUAAGGGGAGGAAGAAAUUGGAGCCCAAGCAAGAACAUGAAAAGAGGGUUGUCUUAGAGACCAUAGUAAGCCUGCUUCCCAGGGAAAAAAAUGUGUUAUCAGUUAGUUUCCUAGCCACAUUGCUUCGUUCUUCAAUAUGGCUCGAGACAACAGUUGCUUGCCGCCUUGAUUUGGAAAAGAGGAUGGCCUUACAACUUGGUCAGGCAGCCUUAGAUGACCUUUUGAUACCUUCAUAUUGUUUCACUGGGGACACCUUGUUUGAUGUGGAUUCAGUAAGGAGGAUCAUGAUGAACUUCCUUGAGAGCGAAGUGGAGGGUAAUCAUCUGGGUUAUGGUGCUGGGGAGGAACAUGUAUUUCCUCCUUCUAAUGACUUGGAAAGAGUGGGGAGAUUGAUGGAAAGUUACUUGGCUGAGAUUGCCUCUGAUCGAAAUUUGACAGUUUCCAAAUUUACUGGUCUAGCUGAGAUCAUUCCUGAACAAGCUCGAGUCACUGAGGAUGGGAUGUAUAGAGCUAUAGACAUUUUCCUCAAGGCUCAUCCUACACUAAUUGACCUGGAGAGGAAGAAAGUGUGCAGCUUAAUGGAUUGCCAGAAGCUAUCAAGGGAGGCAUGUGCUCAUGCGGCUCAAAAUGACCGUCUUCCUGUCCAAACAGUUGUUCAAGUCCUCUACUACGAGCAGCAACGCCUUCGUGAGUCCAUGAAUGAAAAUAAUGACAGCAAUUUCAACUCCUCUACAGGAGCCAUAAUCCCUAGCAAAACUCUGAACCUUUACUCCUCGACUACACCCUCUGCAGAUGAGCUUGUAAAGCUUAAGCGGGAGAAUGAGGACCUGAAAAUUGAGCUCCUUAAAUUAAAAAUGAAGUUGAAGGAAGUUGAGAAACCUAAGAAUAUGAUUGAUAAUAAUACAUCUGUUACUAGCAGUCCUGCAAAAAGUACUACGUCUGCUUCUGAUCAAAAGCCGCCUUUGCCUAGGAAGUCUUUUAUGACCUCUGUGAAGAAAUUAGGGAGGCUUCUUAUUCCUGCUGAUGGAGGAGUACUCUCAACUCCUCGCCGUGCUAAGGCUAGUAAGGGUCGUCGCCAUUCCAUCUCUUAAAAUUCGAUUUACAUGGUUUGUCUUGUAGGACUUUUUUGGUAAUGUACAGUUUGAGCUCAUGAUUCAGUCAGUAUUUUGAGGAUUGAGAAAAAAAAACUGCACUUUCUUUUCUUCAACUUCGGUUUGCUAAA